AUGGUACCCUACAUUACCUACAUCGAGCUUCCCCUGAAGCAACGAGUUCUUCAGAGACAAUCUCAUGAGUUGCACUUGGAAGGAAAAGGCGUAGUGAAGUUGACUGUCACAGAGCCAGAAAGCACACUAGCUACUGGAGAGGGGACACCUGAAGAAAAACCAGCUCCCACAAAGGCUCUGGAUGCUGUGAGCAACCUUCAAACAAAAGAGAGUUUUGCUCCAAGUGGUGAACUCGAGGAAGAAGUUGGCUGUGCAGAGACCUCACCUUCGGUGGUGUUUGACAACAUAGAAAAAUGCAGUCCAAACUGCUUACGUUUGCUGUUGGAGAACAUCAGCGGCCUGACUGUAGAUGAGGACUUCACUGUGGAAGUGAUACCUGAAAUAAAUGUUGCUGUAGCUACCUUUAUAAAAAGUAUUGAUACUGAAGAAUUUGUGAAAAAAUGUUUACAACACAAGAGAGUCAGAGAAUUCAAAAUGACUGCCAGGGUUCUUGAAUCGACGCAGAGCAUCAAGGCUGAAAACCUACCAGACAGCCUUUCCCCAGAUUACCUCACAGUUUACUUUGAGAGUGUGCAGAACAGAGGGGGGCCCGUGUCAGAUGUCCAGCUCUUCCCUGAGGAGAACUCAGCCAUCAUUACUUUCUGUGAUCCCAAAGGUAACCCUGUCCUGUGCCUGACCAAGUGCUCAUAGGCAGACAACCUGCAAGCAAAUCACUGCAGCUUCGGUCAUUAGGGAAAGCCUGGCUGGCUGUCCCCAAAGUCAGCG